AAACCCUCCAAUAUUUGCAUAGACUAAAUCAUUGUGUAAAGCAGAAAGGAGCUUUAUUCUCAUUCACAGCUUCGACAAGCAGGACGAAAUUAAAUAACCUACGACUUUGAAGUCCUAUUUGCAUGAGAAGAAAAGUGGCUUCCCUGAUAAUGAAGGCUUUCGUGGUAACUCUCCUGGUGACAGCGGUGUUUUCUUAUCCAAGUCACGAUAAUGAUGAAGAACUGAAUAUAGAGCGUAGAGGGCGUGCUACAUGUGGAAGCGUUAGCUACGACCCAAGGUUUGACGUGUGCUGCGCAGGAAAGGUCCUUUGGAAGGGCAUUAACAAGUAUGCCUGCUGUGGCUCGGCCAAUUAUGACCCAAGGUCUGACGUGUGUUGCGCUGGAAGGAUCCUUUGGAAGGGCAUUAACAAUUAUGCCUGCUGUGGCUCGGCCAAUUAUGACCCAAGGUCUGACGUGUGUUGCGCUGGAAGGAUCCUUUGGAAGGGCAUUAACAAGUAUGCCUGCUGUGGCUCGGCCAAUUAUGACCCAAGGUCUGACGUGUGUUGUGCUGGAAAGAUCCUUUGGAAGGGCAUUAACAAGUAUGCCUGCUGUGGCUCGGCCAAUUAUGACCCAAGGUCUGACGUGUGCUGUGCUGGAAGGAUCCUUUGGAAGGGCAUUAACAAGUAUGCCUGCUGUGGCUCCGUCAAUUAUGACCCAAGAUGGAACUCAUGUUGCAAUGGAAGGUUGUGCUGAAGCUGAGGUCUUGGAAAGUUCUUUUUAGUUCAGUAAAGUAAAAGUAAAGAUGAACUAAGCUAGAAAAGGAAUAUGGUGAUUGAUGUGAACUUAUACUAAUGAAUAAAUAAAUGAUGUCCAGGUGUGAAA